GGUUUAUGAACACACGAUUAGAAUGCGACUCAAUGGAUACGGCUUGACUGUCAAAUAUACGAAUAUUCAGGCGAACACUUGCACCGAGUGCGUUCGGCAGCGUUUUGGGGGAACGUGCGAUGUUGUGUCCGACGACGACGGUUUGGACGUCACACAUAGACCGUAUCGAACUUCCACGAAGGGCGCCGAGCAGAACAUGAACUCAGAAUCUCUACAGCAGCGUUGUGUAUUACUAUGAAAGAUGCCAAUUCUUAAGGAGCAGUGCUUCUGUUGAAGUGGUUCUGGCUCAAGAGGCCUCCUAAAGCACAAUGAGAGCCAUUGUAUCAUUCAUACUGAUCACACUACUGUGUGGCAUAAGCUUAGCCUCUGUCAAUGCUGAUAGAAUAUGUGCUAGUAGAAAGAAAAAUGUUGAAAAUUUAUCCUUGAAACAGAAUUCAGCAGCUGUACCUGAAGAUGUAUCCAUUGAUCAUAAUGUAGGUCACAUAAUAGUAGAUGAAGAGAUUAAAUUUGAGAGAUGUGAUAAUUUCUGUCAUGCCUUGUGGCAAGAAAAUAAAACUGCAAAUGGCACUGAAAUUAGGAUAUUGUCCCAAGGUUGCUGGAGACAAUCUGGUGAACAGAAAUGUGAAAAUACAGAAUGCAUUGCCCUUCAGAGAUCCACAAAAGCUUUGAACAAUACAAAAUUCUGUUGCUGUCAUGGGAAUUAUUGUAAUCUUAACAUUACUAGUUCCAAUCUCGAUGAUUACUCAGAUGACAAAAUAUUCAAUCCCCUUUCUUCACAAAAAUGUCAACCAACUACAGAAUAUCUGGAACAGUCAAACUCCGAACAACGGUUGUUAUUUAUAGUGAGCAUAAUCACAUGUAUACUGCUAGCGGUACUUAUUAUAUUCAUUGUUGUAUACAGAACAUAUCGCAACAAAAUUUUUGCGAGUUUAGGAAAGCCGUUAUCUUAUAACGAUCAAUUUAUGGACAGUACAGCACUAAGAACUGGUACUUAUACAGUUGAUCAUUUGAAACUCGCGACCAUCGUAGGUCAGGGAAGAUAUGGAUCCGUUUGGCAAGGCAGUAUGGGAGAUCAAGAUGUUGCAGUUAAAAUAUAUCCCUCGCAUUAUCGCAAUUAUUUUCAGAAUGAAAGAGAUACUUACUGUUUACCUUUUAUGGAACAUCCAUCAUUAUUAAGCUAUUAUGGUGUAGAUGAAAGAAUUAGUAUGGAAGGUAGUGUUGAGUACCUUCUGGUACUCAGUUUUGCUCCAGGUGGUAGCUUAACAGAUUUCUUACGAACACAUACUAUUGACUGGAGCACAUUCUGCAAAAUGAGUCUUUCCAUAGUUAAGGGACUUGCUUACUUGCACACAGAUAUACGCAAAGGCGAUAAAUUCAAGCCCUGCAUUGCACAUAGAGAUAUAAAUUCGAGAAAUAUAUUAAUCAAAGCUGAUAGUACUUGCUGUAUUUGCGAUUUGGGAUUAGCAGUUCAGAUUUCUGGCUCGAAAUAUUAUUCUAAUGGAGAAGAGCAGCAUGCCGAACUAAAAUCAAUCAAUGAUGUGGGCACUCUGCGAUACAUGGCACCAGAAGUGUUAGAAGGUGCUGUUAAUUUACGCGAUUGUGAAAGUUCUUUAAAACAAAUAGACGUUUAUGCAAUGGGGUUGGUUCUUUGGGAAUUGGUCACAAGAUGUUCUGACAUUUAUAUCCCUGGAUCGGAAGUACCGCAAUAUAAACAGCCGUACGAAAAUGAAAUAGGACUUCAUCCUACAUUUGAGCAAAUGCAGGUCUUGGUGUCGCGUAACAAAGCUAGACCUCUUUUAGAGGGUAAUUUAGUAGAUAGACCAGGAGUGCGUUUGAUCAGAGAGACUAUGGAAGAUUGCUGGGAUGCCGAUGCCGAAGCACGUUUAACCGCUUUAUGUAUAGAAGAGCGUCUUUCAGAAUUACAGUCUCAUCGUGUGACAAUGCACUUUAUCGAUGGAAGUCCGAUGGUUAAUUCCCAUUGCACCUUAGUGCCUUCGACGACGAACAGUCUUUAUAGCGAAUCGUCGCAUCACGACAAUGUACAUGUUGUACAACUCGCGUUGAAUAUGAUACAAGAUGGUAACGCUAAUGAGAAUGCGAUAUCUGAAAACUUGGUUGCAUUAUCGCCAUCUGACAGUGUCGCUCAUGAACACAGUUUUAAAAAUUCCAACGAGAUAGCAACAUAUAAUCAUACUCAAACGCUUCAGCCAUAUCAAGGCAGGAAUCCGUGUAUGGAGAGAAAUUUAAUGUUACAAUCGGAUUCCUUGGAAGAUCUGAGCUGCAACGGCAACAUUCUUGUAGACAAGUCGCUGAAGCACGCGUGCAACGAUCAGUAUAGGACCGCCACAGAGGCGCAAGGCCUGGUCUCGCAUGAUUACUUAAGUCAGCAUACAACGCAAUUAACGCAGCUUAGGCCGGCGACGCCUAUACCGUAUGUGCAAAAUGUUAUCUCCGACGAAGGAACAUCUUCAUACGGCAAACGAAAGCAAACGAACAUACAGGACUCGUCACUUCAAGAGAGCCCACGAAAGAAAUUGUUCGCGUGGCCCAAUUUGAAGAAGUUGCUCAUCAACAAGAAGACAAAUCCAUAUAGCAGAUACCAAAUAGACAGAGAAGAUUCCAAGUCGAAUCUGUUGACGAAGCAAAAUAUCCAGAUUAAAACCGUCGAGACGAAUGUGACGAUCUCGCCGGGAGGGAAAUAUGUGAACGGUAUCAUCGGUAAAACUUCCACCUCGGCUGUGCCAAUGGAAAAAAACGACAAGAAUGCCGCACAAACGGGAAAGCAGAAGCAAUACGAAAACGAUAACGCAACAUCGAAUGUGCGUCCCUCCACCUUGCCGCUCGUGAAUUUGAGAAACAAAAAGCGAGAGAACAAUCUCAGCAGGCAGCAGAGCAUCGACAAAUUCAACGAGGUCUUUAACGUGGGCUCGAACGUGAACAAUGUAUUGAAGGAUCCGCACAUGAGAAUAAAAACGCCCGGCGAUUUACCGCCGUCUGUCAGGAAGAUACGCGGUCGUGCACAAUCAACUGCGAGAUUCUCUCUCUACGACGAUCGUAUGAUGUGCAAUAUUCUUAGCGAGGAGGAUGAUCGUAGCGACAAAGCCAUUUGGAAUUCUGUGCCAUUCGGUAUGGAUCUCGGUGAUAAUGACGGGAAACAUUCACCAACGAAACUCGAUACCAAAAAUGUUACGUGCUUUUAAUCAGAUAUAAUACUAACGUGUUUGUAAAGUCCUUUAUGUCUAUAUAAUUUAGUCAGGAAAAGAGAAAAACUGGCUGUAGGAUAUCUUCAGCUCAAAUUUAUGUACAGAACUUGUGUAUAAGAAUAAGUAAGAAUUUUGUACUCGAAAUAUAUACAUUGCUACAACACUACAGAUGAGAUAACAAUGAAAUAAGAAAAAAAUCAGAGACAAAACAGAGUAUAUUAAAAAAAAGAGGGAAAAAAAUAAGAAAACGAUAUCAGCGAUAAAAAUUAUACGGGAUGUGUAAUAACUCAUGCUACUCGAUUGAUUUGUCAUGUUACAUUUAAUAGCGGUACUUUGUGCAUCACGAAUGCUUUUGAUAAAGUAGAUGAUUGAGUAUGACUAGCGCACGCGCGUAACGAUUUUAGAUAGAAAAUAAAAAAUCAAAUCUACUCAAUCCAUAUACACUGGAUCGCAAGAGAUGGAUUUGUUCAUCAUUACUUUACUUUUGUCAUAUAUGUAUUACGUGUGAAUUGUCUUCUUUGUAGUUGAUGUUUCUUUCAAUUCGAUAUCUAUAGCAUUAAGUGAAUUCUCGGUAUAAUUGUCAAACACGGACAAUCAAUGUUAACAUUUACACCACGUCGUAAAAAUACUGUGUAUUAACAAUCUCGAUGUGUAUAUUCAUCAUUUACUUUCUUCACACAGCAUUUAAAAGACAUAAUCUCUAUAUGUAAUGUAAAACAACAAGUCUCUUAAUGUUAAAUCUUAUAGAAUAUUCUCAAUUUGAUAUUAUUACGUGGAUUGAUGACGAAACUAUGCAAAUUUCAAUCCUUUUAUUAUUAAUUUUAUCUCUAAGAAAUUUUUUACCCCUUCCUGUACAUAUCUACUUUUUUUGUAUGAAGUAAGUUUUAUAUGAAUUUAAGUUUUAAACGAAUUGUGCAACAUCUGUUCAUUAAUAUGCAACGAUAUUUAUCAGAUAUACGAUUUUAUAAUUAAUGCAAAGCCAUUAAUAUUACUAUAGAAAACGAUUGUAAUUAUAAGAUAGAAAUAGUAAAAAGUUAUAUUUGAGCACAAAGUAUAAUUGUAUCGAGUUACAUGAAAAUUAUUUUUCCUGAUCCUGCGAGCUCAGUGUAAAUAUAUGUGUGUAGUGUAAAAAGAAUUUAUUCAAAUGCGUUAAAAAUGCUUGUUAUGUUAUGUUAUGUUAUGUUGAAAAUAUCGUAAGUUCUUGUGUUAUACAUUUUGCGGUACUUUAUCGUGCAACAUGUUAUUGAUAAAAUUAAGAUAAAUAUAUGAUUAUGCAACUUAUAAUAAAAUUUGUUUUACGUCGGAAA